UUGGUUCUCCAGGUGUUGAUAAUGCGGGUGUGGUGUUUCCGUGUAAAUAUUUCUAUACUUAGCUUCCUUGUGUUCCAUGAGGGUGAAGGGCGCCUGCGUCAGUCACUUGCACGCCAUCUUUGCUUCGCUACUGAUGACAAUUCUCCCAGUUUGUGAUUAUGCGGUGGUAGGUGGACUUGGAGAACCCAUAGCCGGAGUCAUACCAGUUGUCGCCGUUAUGCUCGCGAGGGAGAAUCGGGCAUGAGUGAGAAUGUUCGUGCCUGCCGUGCCUGACGCCAUGCACACAAAUUCCUGAGACAAGACUGGGCGAGGCUCGCACCACAGCGGCCAGUGUUAUGGUGGACGCUACCUUGUGGCUCUCAACUGUGGCCGCUACACACUCGUGCUUACCUGUUAUCUGGUGUAACAUCAACUAGCAAACAUGACAGCCGAGAAGCAGAUUUGUUUAGGCAUUUGCGUGUGUCAGUUGGUAGCCAUUUUGUCUGGGGUGUCUCUGCUCUACCUGGCAGUCAUCGUUAUUAUUCCUUCGAAGGACGAACUGGGGAUGGGUUUUCACAGGACGCCCAUAAUGUGUACGACAGUGGAGGCUAAAGACAUAGCCUCGGGGAGUAAGAAGUUGUCGUGUGAUUGGUCGACAUGUGGAGAGUGGUGCUUGUCCAAGGGCUCUGGCAAAUGCAUGCAGAUUCACGUCAUGGUACGCAACAACGGCUCCAAAGUCAACUUUCGCGACUGCGUCGACAUUGCUGACGACAACUGCUCGGCGCUUGAUGUAAACGCAACCCAAGUUUGGUACUGUAAGAAGGGUCAGUGUAAAGAUCUCACCGGCCUCUACUAUUGUACAAAAGACGAUGAUAAUGGCUGCAGCAACCUCACUCCAGCGUUUAUUUGUCACAGCCGUAAGGUAGAGAGGACUCCAAUCAAGUGCACAGAAGAAAAAUGUGAAGAACGUCUUAACGGAGUAUACUCCUGCAAGGCUGGUACGUGCCAUCACCUCAAGGAGAUCCACAAGUACUGGCGCGACUGUGAACGCAAGUGUACCAAGCUAGAAAUGCGAGAGCGAAACGUAGUUAUCUUCAGUCGUGAGAGACUUGUGGCCACAGCAUGCUCGUCCAUGGACUCGCCAGACAACAACACCCUCAACACCACUGCCAACAUCGAGGCUGUCAGCUCGAGUCAAGAAUGGCGGGACAAAAAACAGGUUCUACUCAUUUUCUGCUCGUACGUGCAGAAGGUUACUGGCAAGAAAACAUACGACUUACUGAGUGAAGAUUGCUUCAACGCCACUCUAGCCAAUGUAGAAGACGUAAGAGUCCUAAAGGAUUACUUGCAGCUCCUCCAGCUCCACCAGAACCUUGGCAACCGCUCCGAUUGGGUCAUCCCGCCAGAGCACACACUCCGAGUCAUGAACAACACUCAGCUACGCAUAAACUCCGAGGGAUGCGUCAACACACUACGUAAGGAAUGCGCCGCCUUCUUCGAGACCCAUGCUCACGACGGUUCUGAUGGCAUGACUCCAGACAGAUAUCCCUGCUACAUCACCGACAAGAGUCAAGAGUUCGUCAUUGGGAAAUUCGACCCACAGUUAACCACCACCAUCCUACUAGUAGCGACCAUCCUACCUGGCUGCCUCUUCAUACUGGCCUGUUCCUGCCUCUUCAUCUGCUCCAAAUCGGUAGGAGUGGACGACGAGGGGCACCUGAGAUUGACACUUCUUCAGGCAGGGGGCGCAGGAGGUAACGCAAGCGAGCUGUGAGCCCACUCCUUGUCUCACGCUCAUCACAUCUAAGGAACCUGUUCAGUUUGACGAACUAUUGUGACGGUGCACGCGACCAAGCGACUACACCCUCAUCCCUAACCAGUGAACCAGGGACUGUCUCACCUCCAGCCAACCAGCCACUACUCUUAUCUUCAAUCAGAAAACCAUUGGCUGUAGGCCUGCUUUGGCCUCCAUCUCGGACUCUGCAGUUUAAAGUCUUCAAAUUCUUGAUCGAUAAUCACAUCAAAAUAUUUUUUAAAGUGAUAGUUUUCUUCCUGUUAUACAUUUAAGUAACAUCUGCUUACAUAAUUAAAAUCUAUUACAGCAUUUUAGCAUUUGGCUAUUUGACAUAGUGCAUAAGAUAUAUGCUAUAACCUUAGAGGAAGCUUUCACUGAUUCAAGCUUUGAUUCUUUAGUGAAAAAAUGGGUUAAUCUCAAAAAAACAAAAAACAAAAAAAAAAAUAAAUAAACCGGAAAAAUAUUAAUUGUGGAUGCAGUAUAUUGAGACUUGCAUUGUUAGGUGCAAACUAUUGAUACUUGCAUUGUUAGUUUCCAGGUCAUUAUUCAACAAUAACUUGGAAUGCACUCAGCAUCCAAGGACUAGCACUUUCACCUUUGACAGCUUGAUCCAAGCUUUAUCAUACACCUAAGGUACAGUGUUGAGCCUAGCAAUAGCAGCAGGUACAUCAGGACAAAUCAAAUUAGAAGCAGUGGGUAGAGAGAUAAUUAGUAUCAGCCAUUUAAAAAAAAAAAAAAAAAAAAGGCAACAUUCAAAAUUAUUAAAAUUCAUAGCAAAAAAUUUUUUAUAA